AUGCCUUCCAAAUGCAAAGUAGCUGCUAUCCAGGCCGAACCAUGCUGGAACGACUUGAAAGGGAGCAUUGCCAAAACAAUCGGACUUAUCCAAGAGGCUGCUGGUAAGGGCGCCAAUGUCAUUGGUUUCCCCGAGAUCUUUAUCCCUGGUUACCCAUGGACAAUUUGGGCAAAUUCGCCAGUCAGCAAUGCUGCAUUUAUGAGCGAGUACUUUAGGAAUUCCCUGGAGAAGGAGUCUGAGGAAAUGGAACAAAUUAAAACAGCUGUUCGCGAAGCUGGGGUGUUCAUUGUGCUUGGAUACAGCGAAAGAUAUCAAGGCUCCCUCUAUAUUUCACAGUCCUUUAUCGAUGAGACCGGUACUAUUGUUCUUCAUCGACGAAAGAUCAAGCCAACCCACGUUGAGAGAGCAUACUGGGGAGACGGGCAGGCCGAUUCUGUCAAAGCUGUUACACCCUCCUCGUUCGGUAACAUCGGCGGGUUGAACUGUUGGGAGCACACCCAGCCUCUACUACGCUACUACCAGUACUCUCAAAACUUAGAUAUCCAGGUGUCCAGCUGGCCUCUUUGCUGGGAUGCCUUGGAGGGCCAACCUUGGCCGUAUCACUUGACGCCGCCUGCUUGCAACAGAUUCUCACAGGUCAUGGCGAUGGAAGGCGCCUGCUAUGUCUUGGUCUGCUCCCAAGUACUGACAGAAGACAGUAAGGCAAAGACAGGGUUAGAAAAGUUUGACUACACCAGAGCCCCAGGUGGUGGUUUCAGUAUGAUCUACGGGCCUGAUGGCUCUGAGCUGUGCAAACCUUUGGGACCUGGAGAAGAGGGCAUUCUAUAUGUCGAUGUUGACCUUUCAUUCCGGGCCAUGAUGCAGCAGAAUCUCGAUCUGGUGGGACACUAUUCACGGCCCGACUUGUUGAGUCUUAAUGUGACAACAGAGACUGCCGUUCCGAUCCGUCAUAAGUGA